UGUGAAUCCCACGUGCAUUUCGGGGUAGGAGUUGUCUCCCCUUGAAAAGAUCAAUAAUAGCGGAUAAACAAUGCGGCAUGCAGUCUGGUCAUCAACGGACAGUUUUGACACCCGUAAUACCCGUAUUUCUACCAAUUACCUCUGUAACCUUUGUUGUGUUCAUCACACAGAUGAUGGACCAUUCUACUUCCUUUUACAACAGAUGCCCCUACAGAUUCACAAAGUUCCAGUGUUGCGUUUCCAUGACCCCCAUUCAUCCACAACAGGAAAAGGAAUAGAGUUGACAGGACUUCCAGCACUGUCCCUGGUAGCAGUUUAUGAGGGAACCAACCAUAGUAGACAUAGCAUGCUUCAUCAAAGAUGCUCCAGAUGCAGCGGCACUGUCUCCAUCACUGGUGAAAUGGGAUAUGACUAGUGGACGGUCAUCAUUUUGUAACUCACCAACACAGUUAGCGGCCCAUCUCUUCUCGUCUCCAAUGGUGGUCUCCGGAGGAAUGAUUGCAGUGCAGUCUUUAUGUCCUGGGCAGGUUUGUUGCAUGUUGGCGGCUGACGCUUGUUCAAUAUUUGCACCAAGAAGCAUACCACGCAUACCCUCUGUUGUAAGACUGGUACCCAGGUGACCGACAGCCAUGGUCACAUUCAGCUGUGGAGCUCUUCGUCCCCUGCCAGAUUUUCUCACCUCUUCGUAAAGCUUUUCUUUGUGACUGGUAUAGUGGCACUUCUUACAUCCAAUGGAAAGGAUCCAUGCCAGGCUUCGUUUUUCCUCCCCAUGCUGAUUCCAGUUCAGUGGACCAUCACAGUCUGGAAACUUAUGUGAGUGUUCUUUAAAUGCAUUGUUCCACAAUUUAGCAGUCUUUUCUUGGUGAAGUACUUUGUAUAAUUUUGAAUUUGGGUCAUCUGACACAGAUUCCA